AAUCGUCCACCGACCGUCGUACAGCGAAGCGCACGAGCUCUCGCAACCAUUUUGCCGCGUAAAACCAACCGACAACCGGAACCGAAAACCAAAAAAUGUGACGCCGGCAGUGCGGAAACAGUGCUAGUGCAGUGCGGAAAUGAGCGAUGCCUUUCGUGCAGCGGCGCGUCGAACCUCGCCAUCUUAGCCGUACCCGCCUCUUCGGGGAAGAUGGCCAAGCGAAGGUGGAAGAUGGCGAGCUGCAGGCUGUUACCAACAACACCCUGUGCAACGCGCUGCGGCAGCUCGCCUCCUUGGUGCUGGUGGCUGGGGACAUCUUCGCUGAGUUGGGGGGGCAGCUGGGAGGAAUCCGAGAGAGGGUUGAGAGGGUCAAGGUGAGGGUCGGUGUGUUGGAGGAAAGGGUGGAGAGGUUCGAUCCCAAGGAGGUCACAGUGCCCGAAAGCGACAUCUGCACGUUCGCCGCCCGUACUCGCCACUACACCGCCCCGCAGCCGCCCACUGCCUCCGCCCUCUUCGCUCCCGACACCCGCCCCGCCGCCUUAGCCACCCUUUACGCUGCCGCCGCCGCGACGCCCGUGCCCGCGAUGCGUCAGCUGGACCGGUGGCGUCGCGACGGCCGACGCUCCUCCGGGUUCUUCUUGUGCACGCCGGUGUUGGGAGGCGGGAGGAAGAGGAGGGCGGGGGGCAAGGUGGGGGUGGAUAUCGACAUCGAGACCGGAGUGCCUGCUGCCGUUGAAGACCUCCGCAGGUGGACUUCCGACGAGGCUCUCGGCGACAUCACGGUGACGCCGGAUUGCGGGAACCGCAUCACUUUCACGACCGAGGGCGACACGAUAGACGGCAACACUGUCGCUUCUGAUGACGAAGGCAUCGACCACAAGCUGCCCUCGCCCGAAGAGCAGGUGCAGGUGGUGGCCCUCAAAUUCCCCGCAGAAAUCGUAGCAGUGGACGUCUCUGGAAGGAGCUUCGAUCGAAUGUCGAUACAAAGGAGGUCCCUCGUUCAUGGUGACCUAGUCAACAGAACGACAGAUGGCGACACUAACGCAGCGAGAAGACGAACGAGAACAAGAAAACCUCGAAACAGAAGAAGAAAUACCUUAGCGGGAACGGACCAGAAAGAAAUCAGAGAUGCAAUAACCGCCGGGGAGGAGCCUUCCUCAUUUAACCGUGAGUCCGAAUCCUCAACCAGCGGAGCGGUAAGCAGAAGCAAGAGUAGCGACCUCUUGCGAUCGACCACCAAGAAAGAGUGUCCCGACAACAAGAAAUCGCACUUCAACACGCUCAAACAGUGGGGCAAGAACAGGUACGACAGACUGAUGAACAAGAGCUCGGAAAAGAACGAGACUAAAGCGAAGGACGACAUCGAUGACUUCAACGUUUACGAAACGGUCACUAUGAAGAGGAAGCGGGACUUCGAGAUGGAAAGGCGAACCCACGAACGCAACGCUUCGAUUUCAUCAUCAGAAAAAUCGAGUAUAAACGUCCCGAUAACAAACACUCUCUCAUCCGUUUUGAACAUAGCGGUGAGGUUGCGCGAAAGCUCUGUUCAGAGGCGACUGAGGAGAACAGGAGGUAACAAAGAUGAGCCCCAUUCGUCUAGUGGUAACUGGAGCGCUAGUUCUGAAAGCGGGAGAGCGUCCAUAGGAUCAGAAAUCACCACGACCACCCAACCAAAGUCCACCACCUCAGCAGCAACAUCUAACAACUCUCUUAACGUUCCCAGCUCGGUAAACAGCAGGAGACGUUUCGUCAACAACUCAGCAUCUAGUAGUGUUACCAGCGAAGGAACGCUCACUCCAGAUAUAAUCCACGAUUUGCACGAGGAUGGCGAAACUAGCUCGGUGUACUCGUGCGACACAGAAGGCUACUACACUUCAUUCCACAUGGACAGCGGUUUGAAGACUUUGAAGGAGGAAGAAACGCCUCCUACACCUUUACAUUCCACGUCAGCAUUUUCGAAUUCCGGUUCAGUAUUAUCCGCCGAGAACGAGUACGAAUUAUUCGGCAAAGGAUCGACGUCCACCACCACAAGCUCAGCUGGUACCGUUUGUACUACGCUGCGAGCCUCCGAAAGCAAUAAAUCUUUAGUAAUAGGUCCAGCGGUUCCCGAAAGAAAGAGUUCCUUAUCCAAACUAUCCAACCACUCUCCAGAAAGUUCCUUAGAGAGAGACUUUGGUGAUAAAACCGGUACUGUCAAGCGGAGUCCCGCUACGAAACCGGUUGUUGUCGCUUUAGUUCACAAGCAAGACGAAGGUAGCAAGCGGAAUGCCGGAGAUGUUUCUCCAGACAGCGGACACAACACCUCUAGCUCCCCCAUAGAGUCAAUGAGUAGUCCCAAUGGCGUUCGAAGUGGAUCCGACUUUGAAUUUUCUGAAUCUUCCGACAUGGAAGGACCAGAAAGGAUAGAGCGGAUACGAGUCAAAACCACCAUCAACUCUAGCAGAAUACCUUCGAUGUGCGUCAUCACACCUUCACACAGCGACGAUGAGAGUUCCAACAGCAGCAAUUCCUCGCGUAAAAACUAUCAGAAGCAAUUGCAAGAGAAAAACGACUUCAAUCAGAAAGGUGAAGGGACAUCUGAGAAGGAUACCGAGAAGAUUCAUCACAUAAUAAAUACGAUGGUGAACGGUGCGAGUAAACUUUCGUUAGUCAGCGUUAAUCCCCAGUCUGGAUAUGCGACAGUACAAAGAAUCGAUCAUACUGAUAGCACAUUGGAACAAGCAGAAAAACCGCUCAAUACGAAUGUGAUAGCUAGCACUAAUGCUAUAAGAGCUCCGAGCCCUAGUGGAGGAACUGUCACGAUAAAAGAAACUCUAGAAAAUAAAUCUCCCACUCAGCCCAUCAUUAAAGCUUCUCUACUACCUCUCAAUAACAUGUUCGGAAGACUGAAGAGUAAUUUAGCCAACUUUGCUCACAAACGUGAUAGAAGUAAAUCCCCUAACUUCAAAAGCAACGCCACCAAUUUCGAUGCUGGCGAGUAUGUGACUAUCGCGGAUAUAAGAAACAAUAACGAGAAAAUUACUUUGCCAACAGAGGAGUCAGCUUCUGGUAAUGAUGUUGCUAACAGGAAUCUGAACACUGUGCUCUCUGGUAAAAUAAGGGACGCUGAAUACGUGAGUCUCGACGAGCUGCCUUGCAAUGAGAACAAUAACCUAGCACACACUUACACGAAUCUGGAAACUAUAGAGAAAACUAAAAGGCAAGGUGCUAAAGUAACAGUAGAUGAUGAAGGUAAAGUCGUCUACAAUUCUGAUAGUUUGAAGAGGAGGAAGAAUUCCCACACCACUUUUCAACCAGGGAAAAACGUGAAAACGACCGACUUCACUUGCGAAAGUCCUCAACCUAUUCACAGAACACCAAAAUCGGUUAAACCGGUAACCAACACUGCAUCAGUCGAAUCCAAUACGCCUUCUUCCUAUGCAAAGAGUUUCUUAAGACUGAAUCCGUCCACAAUUCCGCAACAAACUCCAAGAGAUACUGGUCCAAUCUCUCCUACUCACAAAAAAGAACGAGUGCAGUCACCAGCAAACCCUCAACUAAUUCCACACGCAAUACCUGGCAGUAUCGAAUACCUGUCACCUAGCUCACAAAAAAUGUAUGGAUACACCGGAGAUCAAGUCCUAGACAUGGAUGUCAACAGAUAUCUUCCCAAUCAGUAUUAUCUACAAAGAGGUAGCCCUAUGUAUUCCACUUUGCCACUGAAGAAAACUCAAUACCUCACGAACGAAGCCAGACCAGAAAGAUCAGUCACACCUGAUAUAACCAGAGGCCUAGAAAGGAACAACGGGAACAGCCUAGAUAGGCGAGAGGCUAUCGAGGAGUCGCCUAGAACUUUUUACACCUUCAGUAGAAAUGCUCCUGUCCAGAAACUUGGCAUUCCUAUACAAAUGCCAGAUAUCAACAGGUUGAAUUUACAGAACACAAGCUAUACACCCACCAAGCUGGAUCCAAGAGGAUACACACCAAGCCAAAUUCGUGCCAACGACGAACCGGAUUCUCUGAAAAUAUCUCCUAUUGAUCCCAGACAUUCCGGUGGGUUCCAAUCAUCCACACCUUCAGGCAAAUCUUCGGAACUGAAAGCAGCUGUUAACUUAGAUCGCAAGCUCUUGUCCCCAAAGAAAUCAACAAUGUCCAACGAGGAACUCUACGCAGUUAUACACAAGAGCAAAAAGAAGAUGAACAUAGAAACGGAAGACACCCCCAGAAACUCACCAGUGACAGUACAGAACGAUCCACCUAGAAACACUGUCCAAUCCCCUGAAACUGGCUACAUAGGAGAUAAGUCAAGAGGUAGACUCAGCUGGUCACCAAACAAAGGCGAAUAUGUGGACUUCAGCUCGGACAUAGACAAGCUAUCACCUCCGAACGAAUCAAGGAGUAGACAAAGCUGGGCUUGCAAUGACAGAAAGCCCAAGGCCAAACAGACUUCGACCAUAGACUUCAAGAGGCUGCUACUGCAGAAAUCUAGCAUCAGCUCCCCAAAGAAGAUCUCCGCUGUUGAACAGCUGAAGCUUUCAAGGGAGCAGAUCAAACCUUCACAAGCCAAACCUCAGCCGGAGAUGAACAUACUGAACCUAAGUGCCUCGCCUAGGAGCCUGGUGAACAGGCGGUUUUUGAACAAUGCGCCUGGGUCGCCUAACAGAGAACCUAAACCAGUUGCCAAAAUCAUGUCCCCUAGGUCUCAAUGGAGAUUCACGAACCCGAGAAGCGAUGUUCUCUCUUCUACAAUACUGGAAGAUUGUAGAGAGGAUGAGAGCCCUAAUAGUUCUGGGGAGAGGAAAGCCUCGCCGAAAUCUGGAAGCAAGAUUGUUAGUACAAAGGAUGAGAGUCGAACGUCGCCUAAGGGCAUGCCUAGAAACUAUUUAGAGAAUCAGCCGUACACUUCUGCCACUCAGAGGCUUUAUGCUCAAAGAGCUCAAUUUUUCAAUCCGAUGACAGAGAAGAGUCAGUCGGAGAGACAAGAUAUUGAAGAAAAACAGGAUCCACCUACUUUAGAAACUGCGUUUUAGUUUAGUUUUUUUAUAUAUUUAUUGACUUUAAUUUUGUAAAUAUAGGUUGUGUUUUCGAGUUUUUAUUAUUUAUUGGUUUUUACUGUCUAGUCGACGCAUAGAAUUAGAAUUUUUACAUUUUAUUAUUUGUAUCUGGUACUAUCACAUUUUUACAUUUUUUUAUGUAUAAACAACUGCUGUAAAUAUCGAUUUGGUAAAGCUUUCCAAACAAAAAAUAUUUCAUAAAGUUGCCUUAAAUUAUUAGAAAUCUUAAUAUAUUAGUUUUUGUAAAUAAAAGUUUGAUUUGGCU